AUGUACCGAGAUCUGUUAUUGUCACUGUGCAUAAGCACAGUACUUGCCGCCCCCCAAAAGGACAGCACCAUCACUUAUAUUAAGCUACAAGCUGAAUCAGAAAAUCAUCAAUCAGAGGUCAGACAAAUUUCUCGAGAGAGCCGUCUAGAAAAGUUACCACUGGCCGCAUCAUAUAACUACAGCGACGAAAACCAAAAAGGACUCACGACCAAACCGGACCAAGAAGUACAAUUAGAACAAUCCAAUGAAACUUCUAAAGAACCACCAAAAUACAACUACCCGGACAGGAUAUAUUCCAUUAAAACUAAAAAGAAUAAGAAGGACCUCACAGAAAGUAAGACCACACAACUGUUGUCAGUUGUCACGGAAGGAGCUAUCAUUAAUUUAGACAUUUUGCCAGCGGAAACCUUGCAUACUGAUUUAUUGACGACGUUAGACAAUUCCACAGAAACAUUCAAUACAAUCCAAACAGACGUCACCGACAAUAAUGGACUAGUGACCGAACAGUAUGAAUCUGAACCGACAUUACGUGCAGAAGUAGACAUAGAAACAACAAAAGAACCGUUCGUGACAUUUAAACCGAAAUUGAGUUAUUAUGGAAAGUCUACAUUGAAAUCUUUUGCUCAAAACCUAAUAGCAGUUUCAGGAAAACGAAGAUUCAGGUCCCGGUGUAAAUGUGAAAAAAUAUGGAACUGUGCAAAAUUACAAAUAAGCGUAGCAAGAUGUCCUGACGAAUAUUUCUUGUGCUGUGGAUAA